AUGGAGCUCAACGUCUUCAAGGCCACGCAGAAGGAUGCGGCCAAGGCAGAGUGCCAGAAGUGUAUGCAGUAUGGCCACUGGACAUACCAGUGCAAAAACCGCCGGGUGUAUCUACAGCGCCCCACGAGGACCCAAAUUUUGAGAAACCCUCGACUGAACCCCAAACCUGUGUUUGCCGAUGACGCUCCCGAGAUUCCUAUGAUAACUGAUGGAGACUGGUACAGAGACCGAAGACUUGUUGAAAAACUGAAGCAAGAAGAAGCAGAGAUAUACCGCGCUGCCAAAAAAGCAGCAAAGAAGCGCAGCAGCAGCAGCAGCAGCAGCAGCAGCAGCAGUAGCAGCAGCAGCAGUAGCAGCAGCAGCAGUAGCGACAGCAGCAGCGGCAGCAGCAGCGACAGUGACAGCAGCGACAGUGACAGCGACACCAGCAGCAGCAGCAGCAGCAGCAGCAGCAGCGACAGCGACAGCAGCACAAGCACCAGCAGCAGCAGCAGCAGCAGCAAAAGCAGCAGGGCCUCUGCCCGCGCAGCCUUAGCGAAGGUGAAGAAGCGGGAGCCGUCUCCAGCAGCAGCAGCAGCAGCUCCAGCAGCAGCAGCAGCUCCAGCAGCAGCUGCUGCAGCAGUAGCACCAUCAGCAGCAGCAGCAGCAGAAGCACAGCUGCUGCUCGCGGUCAAAUCUGAACCCGUGGACCCCGAAGUGCUGCAGCGGCAGCACUUGGAGCAGCAGAAGCAGCAGCUGCAGCAGCAGCAGCAGCAGCUGCCGCUGCAGCAGCAGGGCCUGCCUAUCAAGGCUGACCCCGAGGCCAACGCUCACAAGCGCCGCCGUGCUCGAGACAGCAGCAGCAGCAGCAGCAGCAGUAGCAGCAGCAGUAGCAGCAGCAGCAGCAGCGACGGCGACAGCAGCAGUAGCAGCAGCAAGAAGCACAAAAAGGGCAGGGCAAAGAAGCUGAGAAGAAAAGACGGAGCCACGCUGGCCAAUCAAAGGGGAACAGAAGAGGAAAUGAAGAAACUUCAGCUGCUGCUGACAGGGCUGCAGCAAAAAGCGCAGCAGCAGCAGCAGCAGCAGCAGCAAGUGGAAGAGGAGACACAGGAGGAGAAAAAGAAAAGGAGAAAUGGAGAAGUUCAGAAAAAGACAAAAACAAAGAAAUGA